AUGCGACGCCUGCAUUUGGAGGUCUUGAAACUCGAGUUCCAUCAAUUCGAUGUUGAUGCGCAGACGGACAGUAUCAGCAUGUCCGAUUUUGCGCUGUCUAUCGUCAGCUAUGCUUCUCCGCAACAUUUGAAGAAGCUAGUGGAGAAGGCGCAGCAUAUUCCCAAAUACGAAGAGCGAGUGACAUUCCAGCAAUUCUAUGAGUUUGACCAAAUGAUUCGAACCCGUCUGCAUGACCUGGGACUGGCAUACAAGCUCUACAAUUCCAUGUCCAGCGGCCUUGAUCGCACGGACUUUCAUCGGGUUGUGAAAGCCGUGACCAAGACGGAUUUGACAAAAACGCAGGUGGAUGUCAUUUUUGAUCUCUUUGACAUCAAUAAAGAUGGACACUUGAAUGUCGACGAAUUUUACGCCCAAGUUAUGAAAGGCCGCCACUCUCGAGGAUUAGAUACCCCUAGAGACAUUGGAAUAUCCGAAUUCUUUGGACAUGUGGUUAGAUGUGUAAAGGAAGCUUAUGAUGAAGCAUAA